AUGGAGUUUCUAGCUGCGAUUAGAGAACUCAAGGCCCUCCCGGAGGCCACCCAUCUCUUCUGCCCCCGGAAAAACGACGACGAUCAUGGACGCUAUGAAGAUUUAGAACAAGUGGACGAAGAUGGGAAGGCCAUCAGAGAUAUUGUUGCCGAAGCAAAGAGUCGAAGAGAGAGUUUUCUCUCGUCCAUGCGCAUCCUCGCAUACCAUAAGGAUGGCGUGGAGGACGAUCAGAAGUGGAUCCUGAGCAAACUAGACGAAUCGCUGGAGAAAUGUGAUCUAUGCAUCAAGCAUUAUUAUAUCGGCAAGAUCUGGCUUGUGGACCUGCUGAAGGAGGAGAACUAUCAUGAAGAUGAUAUUGAGGCAUUUGCCCAGAGAAUCGAUGAGUGGGAUGUUCAGCGAAUCACCCGCAACUUGACAACUGCUACAACGCAGUUGAGGCAAAUCCCACUGGAGAAAAUUAGCUUGGGUGUCUUAGACAGGGCUGCGUUGCUGUCAAUCUUCGAGACACUGAGUUGUGAAGCCAUGCUGCGCAACGACAGUCUCCUGCAGGAAUAUUUUGAUGAGCCGUUCAAGCUCAUUCAAUCAAGACGAAGCUUGAAAGUUUCAGAUUACAUUCCUGCGGUCACUCGCUUUCUUUUUGAUUCCAGUCAACUCCGAAGCUACUGGGCCAUUCAGUCAUGGACACGAUACGCGCGGCCUCCUACUACCGAAGAAUUUGAAUGGGCGGUUCGCGAUGGCCUGUUGGUGGGCCUAAAAGCUGCGUCACAGCAGCCACCACAAUUUGCAGUCAUUCAGAGGUUGUGGCGCGGUAUGCACCUUGUUGUCCGAAGGUUGGACAAGGAGCAGAUUACACAUCAGCUUCGAGGAUUGGAAAUAGACCCUUGCCGUCUCUCUGUGGAUCAUCUCUCCAUACCUUCAUCUAGCUUGCGAUUCCUUCUCAACACCAUCCAACUAUUCCUUGAGAAAGCCCCGGUUGACUUUUGGGAUGCUAUGCAAACCAUUUCUCCCCAAGCAAUCAUGGAACAGACAUUUUACAACACACAAUUUAACGCCUACCUACUAGAGACCUCCGAGGGUGAGCCUUUUGAGAAGUCAGCAUUAAAAGACAUGCUCUCCUGGAUCAAUCCCUUCCUCGGCUCACUGAAAGGUGCCCACCAGCCGUCUGCCUGUCGUUUCUUGGCAUUGCAAUUACUUGGCCGCCUUCAGGAUAAUCAAUACCCCAAUCUGUCACGCUAUCAUUGCUUUGAUAUUGGCUUGAGCAGCCUACUCCAAACGCUACGCCGCUUCACAGAAAAUGAGUCUUCCCGCGGUACAGUUACUCGGAUCGUGUUGGCAGAGACAAUGGGUGUAGUUGGUGAUACCAUCAGUGUAAUCAUAAAACCCCCGACUUUCGAUAUUGAGCAAAGUCGGCAGGAGAAUAUUCGCGCGCAGUGUAUGGAAGUUGUACGCAACACCUUGGCAUUGGAGUGCCAGUCAUUGAAGACCGAUUACGAGGCGCUUCUGAGGGACGGUACCCUCUCGCACGGAGUAUCUACCUACUCUGCGCCCAUCUGGGAUGCUGUCAUCAAGAACCUCCACCGGGAUAACCUGCCGUUGUCAAGUUCGGCCCUGCUAGGAAUCUUGCCCCUGGUAGGGUUGGAGAUGUUUCCGACGAAAGGAGAAGGGAACAAGGAGAAGACCCACUUCAACAUGAUCUAUGGCCAUCUCACCAACCUCUCAUGUCGAAUCAUCGAACGUCUCGCAGAAUUCCCGCCCGAUCAUCUUGACCCAUUGUUUCGAAGUCAGGAUACUAGCAGCGCUGUGAUUUCGGCUCUGUUUGCCGCUGACUAUGACACCUACACAGCUGCGGUCGACCUCAUCAAGGCCGUCAGUGGCCAGUCAGCUCGACGAGAUGCCAUUUCUCAUAUGCUUCAAACUUCGUUCACAACUACGAUGUACGGCCUCAGCUGGUCAUUCCGUCGGAUCUCUAACAUGAAGACUUUUGCGCCGGCUCCAAGGAUGCUAUACACUGGUACAGAUAUCGUAGAGAUAUUAUGUGAUAGUCAGACUGGUAUGCUGCGAACUCGUAAUCUUGCUGAUCGGCGAGAGGUCAUGUCGUUGCAGAAGCUUUGGGAAUAUCUGUGGCUGGCAUUGACUACAAUCUUUGAUGAGACCGAGGCAUGGCAUCUUCGGGGUAAUGACAAGUCUGUCAUGCUCGAAUUUUGCCGUGACACGAUCCAGUUCGCCGACCUUCUUUUUGAUCAGUAUGGUGUGUUUUUGGGGGCUGUAGGAAACGCGGAUCCGGGGCAGACAUCUGCGUCGGAAAAUUUCCUCAAGUCACCAACUGCUACAAUGAGUGCUAUGGUAAAAUGGCUUAGAUUGAAGGAUGAAUUUCUGGCAACUACACUCGUAGGGUUGGUGGCAAAGCUUCUGCGCCGAUUAGGUGGGAUGAAUGUGACCACGGUGAAACCAGAUGCAUUGAGCUUUAUUGAGGGGGUUGCUGUCAAUGGGACAAUCAAAACAAUACUCAAUCAACGUGAAAAGGCUGAAUUAGUCCGCUCAUUGGAGGCGUACUACAAAAAGCCAGUCGUCACUGCCUCAACUGCUUCUCUCAAGAAACAAUCUUCGAUCACCGCUUUUGUCAAACCAUCUGAUAUCUCGAGCCCCUCCUCACGCGUCACCAGCGACGACGAAUUUGAUGAUGAUAAUUUGACCGAUCAAACUCUACUUGAACUGUCUUCUUCUGUCGAAUUCAACAAAGCUCGCCUCGCAACCCAAGCCAAACGGGAAGCUGAAAAGGCCGCCAAAAUGCGGUCUCGGUCUUCUACAGCUGUGAAGCCGCGUCCUGAGAUGUACGCUCCAGGCAUGUUUCCCCGGCCAGUCCCCCCUGUUCGAGAUGCUACCAACGUUCUAUCUUUCCGUGAGAAGCGCGAACGGGAAAGGGAAGCCAAGAAGAAGCGUGAUCAGAUUGAGCUCGCUAGACUCAAGAGGAACAUGCCCGCGUAUGGCGUUGGUGAACAGACAGCUGAACAAGGCUCUGGCCUGAAAGGUAUCGGUAUCAAGGGUAAAGAUCAUACAGCCCCCGCAGAUUCCAUGAUGGUUUCCUCUGGAGACGAGUCUAAUUCGGAGAGUGAAGAUGAAUUAGACAAGGAACUCUUUGGUGCUAAACCGAAGAAACCUGACGCUGUCGCGGCCUACGAGUUGAGCAAGAAACAAUCCCUUCAACAGCAACCCGUCAAGAAAAUCAAGCGCCACCGAUCUGUCAGGGACAUGCGUGCUCGCCUGGCUCCAGAUCUCGGUUCUCUCCACCACUCGAUCCUCUCCUGGGACUUUUUCGCAACUGGCGAUUCUCCUCCUACCUCGGACCGAACGGAUUAUUCCCUGGUCUCAAACACUUUCCGCACCCCUGAUGACUAUCAGAGUACAUUCGAACCUUUGUUGAUCCUUGAGGCGUGGCAAGGUUUCCAACAGGCGAAGGACGAAGGUUCUUUCCGACCCUUCCAAGUCAAAGUCAUGACCCGAUUGGCUGUCGACUCGUGGAUCGAAUUCAGCACCCAGCCGCUUGGUGUUCUUCCCAAGGAUUUCAGCAUGGGUGAAGGCGAUUUGGUCUUGUUCUCCAGCUCGUCCAACCUCACAAACGACCCAACUCUACCCCACGUUCUUGCGCGUGUCUGUGGUGUCAAUCGGAAGAAUAAAAAGAUGGAGGUCACAUAUCGGGUCAAUCCUGGCAGCAACAAGUUCCUGACUUCUUUCGGCCCGGGAACUGAGGCAUGGGGCGCCAAGAUUACCUCUCUGACCCCAGUGGAGCGUGAAUAUGGUGCCCUGAUGGCGUUGCAGUACUAUGAUCUUUGUGAAGAGAUUGUCUUGGCUAAGCCUUCACCUCUUCUCACUUAUUCGGACGCAAGACUUCAGCCCAUCAUGGACAACUACUCCAUCAAUCGUGCUCAGGCAAGAGCCAUCAAGUCAGCUGUUGACAAUGACGCCUUCACUCUCAUUCAAGGUCCUCCUGGUUCCGGAAAGACCAAGACCAUCAUUGCACUUGUCGGAAGUCUCCUCAGCGACGUGCUUGGGAAACAGUUGAUCAAAGUUAAUGGUUCCCUUGCCCCUUCUGCGAGAAAUGCCGUUUCCAAGAAACUUCUCCUCUGUGCGCCUAGCAAUGCCGCUGUCGACGAGUUAGUCAUGCGAUUGAAGGAAGGUGUGAGAACGACUAAUGGUCGGCAAGAAAAGGUCUCUGUCCUUCGUCUAGGAAGAAGCGACGCGAUGAACACCAAGGUGUUGGACGUUACCCUCGACGAGAUGGUCAAUACCCGUCUGAACCAGGAUCCCAGCAAAGGAAAUGGUGUCGACUUGCAAAAGCUCUAUGAAGAGCAUAAGACGACUGAUACAGCAUUCAAAGAGCUUCGUGGGCAGCUCGAUGAGGCACGAGCCAAGGGACUGCCUCCUCCGGAAGAGCUGGAGCGCGAGUUUGACUUGAUGAAAAAGAAGCGGUCUCAACUGAGCACAUCCAUUGAUAAGGCCCGGGAUCAGAACCAUACGCUGGCCCGCAAUGCUGAUAUGCAUAAACGCCGGAUCCAAGAACAAAUCAUCAAUGAAUCCCAUGUCAUUUGCACCACUCUCAGUGGUUCUGGACAUGAAAUUUUCCAGGGCAUGAAUGUUGAGUUUGAGACUGUCAUCAUUGAUGAGGCUGCACAGUGUAUUGAACUCAGUGCUCUCAUCCCACUGAAGUACGGCUGCUCGAAGUGUGUUCUUGUCGGUGAUCCCAAACAGUUGCCUCCAACUGUUCUGUCAAAGAUGGCCUCCAAGUUCCAAUACGAACAGAGUUUGUUCGUUCGCAUGCAGAAGAAUCACCCUCAAGACGUGCACUUGCUGGAUGUCCAGUACCGUAUGCAUCCAGCCAUCAGUCACUUCCCCAGUGUGACGUUCUAUGACGGCAAGUUGCAGGAUGGACCGGACAUGGCCAAGCUUCGCCAGCGUCCCUGGCAUCAAAGCGAUCUUCUCAGUCCUUACCGAUUUUUCGACGUUCAGGGCAUGCACUCAUCUGCAGCCAGAGGCCAUUCCUUGGUCAACUACGCGGAAUUACAAGUGGCCAUGCAACUGUAUGAUCGUUUGAUCACAGAUGUCAAGGACUACGACUUUGCGGGCAAGAUUGGAAUCAUCACACCUUACAAGGGCCAACUGAGAGAGCUCAAGAACCACUUUACCCAACGAUAUGGCGAAGAAAUUCUGAAGAAGGUGGAUUUCAAUACGACUGAUGCUUUCCAAGGUAGAGAAAGUGAAGUCAUUAUCUUCUCCUGUGUGCGAGCAUCCAACAAGGGUAUUGGUUUCUUGGCUGAUAUCCGCCGUAUGAACGUCGGUCUCACUCGUGCCAAGUCGUCGCUCUGGGUCUUGGGUAACUCUCAGUCCCUGGAACAGGGUCAGUUCUGGAAUAGGCUCAUCAAGAACGCACGGGAGCGAAAUGUUUACACGGAGGGUAAUAUUGUGAAAAUCCUGGAGAAGCCGCAAUUCACUGGUUACAAGGAGGUUGAAAUGAUCGACAUUGAUGCCGAAAAAGCCCCAGACUCUCCCGAGUAUGAACCCCCUGCCCCACCAAUUUCCAGACCUUCAUCGGUCUCUAUUGACAUUGAUUCGCGCUCCGUCUCCGUGUCUGCCUCUGGGCGCGGUACACCUGCAAUUCCACGACCUGAUGGACCUUCUGGGGGAGGCAAAGGCUUAGACCCAACGAAAGUAUGUGGGAUCUGUGGAAGCGCCAACCAUUUCACCUACAACUGCGACAACGACGAGGCAAAGGACAAUGCUCGAGGAACAUGUUUCCGCUGCGGUCGUCCUGGGCAUUCCAGGAUUUCCUGUCGUGCUGAACGAUGCGGUGAAUGCGGCGAGUGUGGGCAUUCAUCCCACAACUGCAAAUCUACCAAAGCUAUUACAAAGUUCGAGAAAACCCGCAUUGAGAGGGAAGAGUUUAACCUCAAGCGACGUCAAGAUUCAUUCAUUGAGCGCCAACGAGAGCGUCAACUGGGAGGACACAAUCCCAAAAUUCCUGUUGUUCAAGCCACAACUUCAACCCCACCAAUGAAGUCUGUUGAUAAUUCUGUGAAGAGAAAGCGUGAGGAAUCUGCCUCUGAUGGACCGCAAGCGCAGCGUCCUCGUACCGGACAGCCAAAUCCCCCUGCUCGUGGUUCGAAUGUCUCAAGAGUCAGUGGUCACCCGGGUCUUUCUGGUCCCCCUCGCGACAACAAAGUAUCCAAUGCUGGCAAUGGUUACAAGGGCCCGCCACCCAGCGGCCCACCAGGAGGUCUCAUCAAGCCUUCCCGCGAUGGUCAGGCGUAUCCGACUGAGAACGACCCAACAAGGGCUCUGCCGACAGGACCAGGAGCAGAAGCUUCCAACCAAGGUCCUCCUAAACCCCGACCUCCGAUGAUUCGUAGAAAGAAGGACACAGAUCCUUUCAUCCGACCUAAGAAACGCAAGUAA